AUGGUAUGGACCAAUCAUUUUAUCACAUUGUCCCACCAUUGGUCACGCCCACUUUAAUUUAGUCGCUUUACACCUCUUAUUAGUAGUACAUUCGGGUUUCAGCGUCAGACUUCGGAAGGAUCGGGAGGGGAUAUAUGGUUGGAUUUUUUAAUUGCCCCUAGGCCAUAUGUUUGUUCGGAGACAUUUGAGUGCGGAUUGUUUUGUAAACGUGGUACAGUUAUUGGAGAGUUCACAAAGAAACAUUGUUUGAAAGAUGAAGCAGCCAACUGUAUUGAAUCUGACUGCAGCUGCAUGCAAACGGACAUUGGUGAAGAGUUCUGGAGCGCAAUCUCAGUGGGUUGAAGAGGACAAGGAUCUCUUUGAGAAAGGACUGGCACAGUUUGGCCGCAGGCGAAAAAAGAUUGCCAAACUAUUCGGCACUAGGCCAGUUCUACAGGCAACGAGCUAUGCUAGGGAGUGCUUAAAAAAUAAGUCUGUAUCUGCAGUGACCCAGAUUCAGUCCAGAUGCUGGAUCAGCACCUAGAGAUGACUGCAUGUCAGAGGAGACCAUGUCAACUGGAUGAGCCCCGAAGACAGAUCUCUAGUAAAGACCUCAUCAUAUAUAGGACCAUUGGCACAAAACCUCUGCAAAGACCACGAUAAAAAACAUGUUGGUUCGUCUGGCCAGAGGAGACCUGGCCCCCGGACUGAGUCUGGUUCCUCCCAAAGUGUUUUUUUCCAUUUCUGUUGCCUUUGGCUUGCUUAGUUGGGGUCACUGCUCGGACACUGUUUGAAGAGAACUGAACUGAGCUGGAUGAUGAUGACAUCACUGAGUCAACAAUCUACUGACUUUUACUGAAAUAUUGACUGUUAACUUUUGACCCCUUUCUAGAGCUGUUUUACAGCAUAACUGAAUUUUGCUUGCAUUAUCGGGACACUGUUUUCCUGUUUAAAAAAUGCUUUGACACAAUCUGUAUUGUAUAAAGAACUUUAUAUAUAAAUAAGGUUGAGUUGAGUAGAUUUGAUGAUUCUUCAUAGAAAUGUUUUUGUGCUGUCUGUUUUUAAUAAUUUUGAAUUUUUGGGAAUUUCAUUAGUAGCCUUCAAUUUUAAUUUUUUUUAAGAAGUUUAUAAAAUAAGGUUACAUCAAAUCAGUCAAGUUAAUUGUGAUUUACACGUACAAUACGUUUUUUCAAGGCAUUGGGUUUCCUCAAUUUAAGUAUAAUUUGACAGUAAUCAAAUUGACUUCAGUAGAUUCACACUUUUAAGUAAUCGCAAUUUAAUACGUUUAAGUUCGAUCAACUUAAAAUAAAAAGUGACUUGUAUGAGUUUCAGUAACUUAUUUGUCAAUGUAACUCAGAAUUUUCAAGUUCAUUUAACUGAUUUCUUUAAUUAAGACUACAGUAUAAAUCACAUUGUACAUCCCUGUGUAUCUUAAUAUUUAACACUACAGUUUACUUUCAUGCACAUUAUUUUGUUUUCUAUAUUUAAUUAUACAAUACACAUCUUUUUUAUAUUUUAUUCUUAUAUUUGUAUUGUUUACUUUUCAUAGCUUUAUUUAUGUAUAUUUUCAUCUGUGUUGUGUUCUUUAAUAAUUGCACUGUCCAUGGAGCGGACCUGACUCAUAGUUCACUGCUGAUUAUAUAUGCUCUGUAUAUAAUUGUGUAUGUGACGAAUAAAAAAAUCUUGACGUUUA